UGUCCUCCCUAGUGCCACGGGGGAUAUGACUUGAAUAGUGCGACUAGCCUGAUAUUAAAGGACGACACUGGGACUUUUAAAAGAGUGAGUCCUCAUUAAAUAAGGUUAUUGCCAUCAGGAAACAGGCUGAUACCUGAUCAGUUGUAUUUGUGGCAAGCCAUGCCAGUAGGCUUUUUUGUUUUGAACUAGGCUUUAUGUCUGAAAUCAUAAAUAAGUGAUAAUCGGCAUCAACUGUGUACACAUUAUAGAGAGCAUUAUUACUAAGCACCAUGCUUGCUUGCUUGCUUUCUUGCUUUCUUGCUUUCUUUCUUUCUUUCUUUCUUUCUUUCUUUCUUUCUUUCUUUCUUUCUUUCUUUCUUUCUUUCUUUCUUUCUUUCUUUCUUUCUUUCUUUCUUACAUUUAAAUGCAACUCUGACCCCUAUUCAAUCACUAUUCUUUUGCAAAACUGCAUUAUUGAGUGCGGGGGGAUGAAGAGUCGUGGACGUUGACAUUUCCAGUAGAAAUCUAUCCAAGGGAAUGAGCCGUAUUUUCAAAUAAUAACGUGUAGUUUUUCUUUCUCAUAACGUGAUCAAGAGGCGUACCAUACCCCACGCUGACUAACUCAGAGUUGUAUCGACUGCUUGGCACUGGUUAUCGCAUGGAAAGGCCUGACAUGUGCUCGCAUGAUGUGUACGUUUCUUGAUCAGAAUGGUCUUAAAGUUUACAAAUAGAUUCGAAUUUCCGUGCGUCUUUUUAGUUAUAAAUUAUAGCAGUGAACGUUGAAGAAGACAAGUCGGUUGGCGAUUUUGACGUUUUCUUCGAUCAAAUUGAUUACUGAACAGACGGACGGCAAAAUCUUAGCUAAAAUAUUGUUUUCAUACAGUAGUAUGAUAGUGUUAAGACUUCAACAGAGAUCGACAGCAAGGAUUUUUUCUCCAUGUUCGAUAUUUCCUUAUGGUAAAUGAUUAAAACUAGGUAUUCUUUCUCUUACCUGGUAACAGCUUUGUCAGCAAAAUGUGGCGAUGUUGGCUAAUUCUUUCAACUUGGAAAACUUUAAACAACAUUUCCAGCAGACCAUUCCAAAACCAUCCGCCACAAGAGGGUCCCGUCGCUGUCGUGUUUUCUCUCGCGUGCCGCUCGCGCGUGUAUUUUUCACGAGAUCGCCCCAAGUGGAGAGCUCGCUCGCAGGCUAGGCAAGAAACCGACAAGUCUAAUGAUCCGGCGUGAGUGGCUCCCAGCUGGUCUAAAGGAAAAACUAUUCUACUAAAUUGGGGUGUCUUACGUCAAAUAGAAACGGUUUCAAUGUAUGUAAUAAUGGAAUGGAACUCUGACUAACUCAAAAUGUUGUUGUUGUUGUUUUUUCUAUUCAUAACAGAUAUGAGCUGAUGACUGACUGUUGGAAGGAGGAACCUCGCUCUCGUCCCAGUUUCUUUCAGCUGAUCGAAAAACUGGAGGUGAUGAUGCAGAGGGAUGCACCAUACUUGGAUUUAAACAAACAUAAUGAAGAUCAUCCGUAUUACAACGUGCCACCUGAAGCUAGUGGUGAUUAA